GCUUGUUGCUUAAAUCUGUGCAGUGCUACAAAGUAAUGAAGAACUGGGCCGGGCACGCUGACGUGUCAUCUGAGAGAUAAAUAACAAGAAGUGAUAUUGCGGGCACGACUAGACAUGAAUUAAACAGGCUGCUGGACAAUCAUUUGGGCUAGAUUUGACAUCUUGUUUUCCUAGUUCAAUGGUGCUGCCGUGCAGUCUGACCUGGCUGGUGCAUGACUGCUGUAGCCGUAGCCUGCUCUGGGGAGCGGCUCUCCGUGAUGAUGAGAUCACCAACAGAAAGUGCCUUUGAGAAGACAUCCCCGACUUGAAACUGGUCCGUGUUCAUGGCUAGCCUACACUCCCCUGAACGCCAGACUCAAGCACCGACAUUGGAUACCUCAGCUGCAUGUCUUCUGCCUCCAUUUCACUUUGCACAACUUCAGCACCUAAAUAAUACUAAAACAGAGAUCUAGAAGAUCACACAGAAGAAAGAAGAUCUGCCCAAAUGAUAAUGGUCUGAGAAAAAAAAUAUGUCUGAUGCAACAGGUCUUCAUGAAACUCCCCUAUUGGUCUGAUAUUUAUGGGUGCUGUCAGGAGAGGUGCACACCCUUGAAUGUGUCACAAAUCAAAGGCCUCACUGUUUGCUGGGUCAGCUGUUGUUCCUGAUUAAGGGGCGAUUUGUAGGUGAUCAUCCAGCCAUCGAAUCUCUUUGCUCCAGCUGAUGGAGGACUCGUCAGGUUGUUUUAACAGAGAACUUUUGACACACAGCCAAAAGUUUUGAUCACCUUUUUUUUUUCUUUUUUCUUUUUCUUUUUUAGGUAUAUAAGCCAUUAGUCAACAAGUUGACUUGAGGUUUUAAAUUGUAACUAAAGAUUUAAACCUUUGGAGAUGGCUUUGAACAUUUCCUCCAUCAGAGACACAAAAUGGCUAACUCUGGAAGUUUGUCGACAGUUUCAGCGAGGAACUUGUUCGCGUAGUAAUGAGGAAUGCAAAUUUGCCCAUCCACCAAAGAGCUGCCAGGUUGAAAAUGGGAGAGUUAUUGCCUGCUUCGACUCACUGAAGGGCCGAUGCUCAAGAGAAAACUGUAAGUAUCUUCAUCCACCUUCGCACUUAAAAACCCAGUUAGAGAUAAAUGGGCGCAACAAUCUCAUCCAGCAGAAGACAGCAGCUGCAAUGCUGGCCCAGCAGAUGCAGUUCAUGAUCCCUGGACCCAGUAUGCAGCCUGUGCCAACAUUUCCUGUAACCCAGGGACUUGGCACAAAUGCUGGUCUUGGUUAUGCUCCUUACAUCACACCCUUGAGCCAUGGAAUGGGCCUCGUUCCCACAGAGAUGCUCCCUAGCACCCCAGUCAUCGUCCCAGCAAGCCCACCCGUCACGGUCCAGAGCUCCUCCUCCUCUUCUUCUUCCCCUUCACAGAAGCUGCAGCGCUCAGACAAACUGGAGGUGUGCCGUGAGUUUCAGCGGGGAAACUGUGCAAGAGGGGAGACAGAUUGCCGCUUUGCUCAUCCAAGCGACAGCCCAAUGAUUGAUACCAGUGAUAACACUGUCACUGUUUGCAUGGAUUACAUCAAGAGCCGCUGCUCCAGGGAGAAGUGCAAGUAUUUCCACCCGCCUGCACACUUACAGGCCAAAAUCAAAGCCAGUCAACAGCAGGUCAACCAGACAGCCGUGGCAGCCCAGGCAGCAGCUGCAGCCAUGACUCAGUCGACUGCCAAAGCAAUGAAGCGACCCCUCGAGGCAACUGUAGACCUGGCCUUUCCCCACAGUGUCCUGCAACCCCUACCAAAGAGACAAGCUCUUGAGAAGAGCAAUGGGGCCAGCUCUAUCCUCAACCCCAGUUUUUUGCACUACCAGCAGGCUCUAGCCAAUGCACAGCUCCAGCAGCCCACAGCGGCAUUCUUUCCCACAGGGUCAGUCUUGUGCAUGACUCCCGCUACCAGCGUUGAUCAUCCUCAAGUAACCACCCGAAAAGGAAGUCAGUGCCAUGUUGCUGCUGUUAAAGGCCCUAAACAGCCACUCUGUAAAUACCACAUGAGCGCCACACACAAUCUACAACAAGCUGCAUGCUGAUAAGAAGAUCACUGAGUAAAAGUCGUAGACAUAACUUUGAUCUGUGAUAAGAAAUUAUAUAACUGAAUUGCUUCUGUUAGAUAUUUGUCACAGAGGAUUAUUGUAUGUACAGUAUACACAAAGACCCCGUUUACACCUGGUGUCCUGGGUGAUCGGAUUAGAAUGGGAUUGCACAAAAAUGCAUAAAGUCUAAGUGAAGAUCCAGUCGUCCAAACCACAUUAAUGGCAAAGUGUAACUGUAUUGUGUCUCCGAUCCACAUGUAGGAGCACAUGGAACUAAACUUAAGUGCACAAAUCCAACUUGUAAACACACACACAAACCAAACAGGAAGCUGGCAACUCAGAUAAUAAAAUUUUUGUCAAAAAUGGAUUGUAUAGACACUCGUGGAUGGGGAACAAGCAAGACACCUUAAUAUGACUUAAAUAUUACAAGAGGAAGUGACAUGCAUGACAAUCUCAGUUUGGCAAAACAAAGAGAAAUUGGAUGUUAAGUGUCUACAUCUUAGAUACAUUUUAAUUUCAGGCAUAAAUGUUAUGCAGGUACACCAGAUGUAGAUACAGUCUGGAUACAAGAUGCAAGUUAAUACCAGGUGUAAAAGGGGCACUUAUUGGAGUUCAGAUUUAAACACUAUAUCGCAUAAGGACUUAUUGUUUUCCCCUCUUGAAUGUUUCAUGUAAACUAACGAAAAAUGUAUUUCUCACAGUAAUUAUUUAUUUCGUGCCAGAUUUAAUUUUGUUUCGAACCAACUUGUAAAAAAAAGCACUUAACUCCACAUUGUCAAGUUUUCACCCAGCAGUUCAGUCAGGCUCACAGAACUUCCUUGAAAAUGUCACUGAGAACAGGGCCUGUAAUCCCCAGAGAACGGAAUCAGUGCUCCACCUCCUGGUGUGCCUUUGCUUUGCAUAUUUGUUUUGCUGAGAGAAAAUCCAAUCCAAUGAGCAGUUGGAUCAUUGGUCAGGGUGGUGAUUGGCUUGUUGUUGCAUCCUAAAGCAGUCCACACCUCUGGCAGUGGCCCUACGACGUGUUGUUCUGGAGACUAAACAGACGACAUUUUUGGGAAGAGCCUGCACAGCCAUAGAAGUAUACUCAAUGAAAGUGUAUGUAAUUACUGACGAUAUUCAUACUAAAGUUCUGGUGAUCCUAGUUAAAAAGGUUUGAGUUGUUUGUGAACUAUUAGUCUUAAAGUAACAAAGUAUCAAUACCAUUUUGUUUGAAUGUUAGAAGUGCCUAAAGAAUUGUGCAUACAAUGACACCAACCAUCUUUAAAAGACUUUGUGUGGAAAUUACUCAACUAUCAACAGUGCAAUUCCUUCAGUCCACUCUCUAGUUCAGUCACCUCUGGAAAGAGAUGAACACAUUGCUCAGUGUUAAAUCAGUGGAUUACUACUCUAUGUACACCUGUAAUAGAUUAAUUUUCAUCAACACUCAAGUUUUUAUGUACUAAAUGGAGGAUUUAUUAUACAAUAUUGUUUUGUUUCACUUUUACGAUUAUUAAGUAAUUUCCAGGACAGUGAUCUGAAAUAAGGGGAGUGGAAGGAUGCUUGCUUCUAUUCAAGAGUUUCUUAAUAUGUAUAAUGCACAGUAAAACACGCUUUGUUUGAAACUUGUCAAGUAGAAUGAUAGAAAGUAGAUGUUUUGGUGAAGUUUAGGUGUGGUAUGAUUGUAUUCACAUUAUGCAAUUCAAAGUCCUUCAUAUAUGUCAAUAUGUUUAACUGUUGGCACUCUAGUCUGCUGUUUGAAACUAGCACAGGACAGAGUGGACAUUUUGUCUGGUAAAAUCUAAAUGGAAUUAAUAUGAAAAAUACUUAAAUUUGUUUUAUUUUGUUUGUCAUCUUUUGUAUACCAUUUAGUUCUUUAUUUUGGAUACAGUAUGUUCAGAUACUAAACCUUUCUUUUUAAUGUCUCCAGUAUUUUCAAGUGACUGAAAUGAGAUUGUAUAAAAAAAAAGUUUGCCUGUGUGAUUUACUCAGACAAUCCACCAAGAUACCUUGUGCUUGUUUUCAAAUCCAUUUUUUGUGUUUUGUUUUUUUUUUUUCCCUUCACCAUGUGUUGUGUAUUUUCAUUGUGAAACUUUUUACACCUUGUCGGAUGGAAUAUAAGAAAUAUACUCACAUACUUUAUUAGUUUAACAUUAGCUAAGAACACUUUUAAAAAUGUUUUUUGUUCUAUUUUAAGAUGAAUGUAAUUUAUUAAACUGACUUUAGCUCUGCUGGAGGUUCCUAAAAGGGCCUUGACCUGUUGCAUUAGCCUAUGAAAAGCCGUCUGUGUUCAGGGAUUGAACAUUGGAGCAAUGUUAAGCUUAAACGUUUCAUCCCUGUCACUGCCUUGUCACCUGUACAGGACAGCAAACCUUUAUAUGAGCAAGGCCGUAGAAUUGCUUUUAUGUACAAAAGUGUAUUGUAUAGGUCACAUUUUACAAAAGAAGAAAAAAAAAGACUUUUCAUGAUAGUGUGGUAUAACUGUUUUGAUUUGUUGCUGUGGCAACCUGAAGUUGCAAUGAUAAAAGCUGUAUUUUUGUAGAUGUAAUUAUUUUCCCUCUUCACCGUAAAAGAUUAGAUUGUACCACCAGAGGUUUGACUUACUUAUACCAUGGUGAAAUACUGUAGGUUUUCCAAUACGUAAAAACUUUUUUGACUUUUUUGGACUAUUAAUUUUGUGUUUCAUACAUGGUUUCAUCUGCAUGUUAACAUUUCACAGCAACAAAUAUAUUCCACCAUUAGAGACCCCCGUCUGCUGUCAUGAACCCCCGGACUCUUAGAGACAAAAGUCAAGAAGUCCAAAAGUUUUGACGGUCCAGUAGCUGUUUAGAAUUGCACUUUGUUCCCAGAACAUAAUUCCUUUCAAAUUCUAGGUCUUAUAUGUAUCAGACGAUUUUGCCCAAAUCUAUUUAAACUGCAAACAAAAGGCACAUUUCACAGUGAAACUAAUGGUUUUGUAUCUGAAUGUUGAUUUCAUUUUUUAUUUUUUCGGCAAAAUGCUUGAAUGUCAUACAGGAUAUGUCUGCACAUGAAAGUCAUUUGAGAUUUUAGGUCGCCCAGUCAAAAGAGGUAUGGACAGUCAGAAUGUUUGCUCCUACUGUCUGAUGGAAACAUUAUUCUUAAGCACUUUCUGAGCAGUUAGAAAACUGAGCAGACAAGUUCUUUUGUGAACGUUGCCUUACCUUCGGUCUAUUGUUCUUAAGUUAGUAUGUGUUCAUUAAUUAUUAAAUUCAUAUGUGUGGUAAGUCACAUAGAUUUCACCGAACUGCUCUGUGAAAUUAUGACUACAAAAGUUUUCAGUUCGAGGCCAAAAAUGAUAGAUUGUAAAACAAACGCAAACAUUUUCCAGAGAAAAGCUUGACAAUGACAGGACUGGCUAGAGUGCCAUUAUGAAUGGUUAUUACUAAAAGCUCUGCAGAAGCUGCUGUGCCAGUGCCAUGUGGUUCCAUCUGCAGCGUCAUAGACUGGGCCUAAAUAUAAAAUUUUAUUCACUUUAAAUCUGUUAUGUGACGAUUUAAAAUAUUUUAUUUGUGCAUAAUUAUAUGUUCUUUUAUGUGAAUAGUUUUGUUCCAGUAAAUCCAAAAUUGUGUAAAAUCUAAUGUUGGAAAAAAAAAUAAAAUAAAAGACAAACAAAU